CACUUACUGAAUGCAUCUCUGUCCCAGAGUAUAACAUCUAAGAAACAUUCAUCAUGGCAACCAAGAUGGUGAUUCAACAGCCCAGGCCACUGGUGGUGGCAGCUGCAUCAGACCAGUGGAGCACCAGCAUCUGUGAAUGUGACAGCGUCAAUGAAUGCUGUUUCUCUGUGUGUUGUUUCCCCUGCUUUGCCUGCAUCACUGCCAGAGACCACGGAGAGUGUCUUUGCCUUCCCCUAUUGGACAGUUGUGGAAUACUCCCCCCCAUCACACUCUCCAUGAGAGUUUCCACACGCCGGCGUUAUGGCAUCACUGACAGUAUCUGCAAUGACUGUGUGUAUGCUUGCUUCUGUGGACCGUGCUCCUGGUGCCAGAUCAGACGAGAGAUGAAGGCAAGACUCCAUCCAGUCACACUGAUCAACAACAGGCCAACUUAAAGAUCAACAUCAUCAUCAUCAUCAUCACCACAUUUUGUCCUCAUUGCCUUCUCCAUCACCCUUGCCCUUAUUCAGAUCAAAGUCGUGUCAGUGAAAAACAAAGACUUGCAUGUCUAAUCUGAGGUUCUGAUCUCCUCUUGCUCCCACACCACUGGUCUGAGAUCAGCUUUUGACAUGCCAUUUUUGGAAUGUUUUCUACACACUGUAUUGUUGGUGUACAGCUCUGAUCCAGAGAAUGUGGAGUGAAGAAUACAACCUCCUAAUAAAUAUGGAGUGAAGAAUACAACCUCCUAAUAAAUGGAUCCUCCUAAUAAAUAUGCAAGUCUGUCAUUUUUAAGUGUAGAGUGUCACAACAUAUUUAUGAGUUGUACUUUCAUGAAUUAUUUUUUAUUACAGGUUGUUGUAUCUGGAUGCUUAUAUUUUAAAAGACAGCCUAUUUUUUUUUUUUUUUUUAGAUAUA